CAUACGUACGCAACCCUCCGCAUUCUGUCUCAUUCCACCUCGUCGCUGGCCCACCAAACGUCGACCUCGUCCCCCACAUCGCCCAGGACAUGCCGCCCGUGAAGGAGAAGGACUCGCCGGACGGGGAGCCGAGGCAGAGGAAGCGGCCCGGCCGAGUGCCCGUCUCGUGUGCUGAAUGCCGAAGGCUCAAGCUGCGUUGCGAUCGCAAGGUCCCAUGUGAGACCUGCACGAAGAGAGGGUGCGCCGCGCUAUGCCCCGACGGCCAAUUAAUCACUGGGGGUAAGGGUACAAGGCAAGCGGUUGCGGAUGUCGAAGACCUCAAGAACAAGAUUGAUCAGCUGAAGGGGCGGUCGGCCGCGCUGGAGAACGCGUUGCGAACCAUCCAAGCUGCCAUCUCCGAUGAGCCACACCCAUUGCUGCGCGAAGGCGAGAAUGGCGCAGGUAGCGGUGGCAGCGCAGCAGAGUCACCCUCCUCUUCGCAUGCGAAUGGUUCACCUGGGGACAUUCCUGCUCUCUCUGCGGACGAAGAGGAUGUCCUCGAUGCAUUCGGUACUCUGACCUUAGGUCUGAGAGGAGAGACGCGCUUCUUUGGCCAGACUUCGCGCUCGGAGUAUCUCAUCCAUGCUCCAGAGCGAUUAUCUGCUAGCGAAGUGCCGCUACCGCGUCUAUCAGCAGCAAUGGUGGAUGAAGCCAAUAAAGAGUUGGACGUCCCGCUCGUGAACUGCGAUAUCGCAAUGGAGAUGAUGAAGAUGCUUCCGCCACUAUCGCAAGCGUGUCAGCUAGGCGAGACAUUCCUCGAAUUCGGGAAAUUCUUAUGGUAUCCCCUCCCUCGAAAAUACAUCUUCGACGACAUCAUCUCUGUGAUUUAUCACUCGCCGAAGGACGAGUCGUGCAAUGUCGCCACACUACAUCUAAUGUCCCUCCUCUGGAUCAUAUACGCCCUCGCCACCCUUUACGAUCCCAACACGCCGCCAUAUGCGGUCGAGGCGCAAGAAUAUUACUUGCUCUCUCGCGUCGCGCUACGCUUUGCACCGCCUGCGCACGACACGACACUUACUGCCAUCCAGACUAUGAUCUACAUGACGCAGUACCUCGAAAUGAGCGACUGCGAGCCAGCACACACUGGUUCCCACAAGGCGUGGAUGCAAAUCGGGCAGGCUGUGAAGCUGGGACACAGUAUUGGACUCCAUGUCAGCAGUUCACGGUGGCGCCUGUGCGAGGACGCGUCCCUACACCGGAAUCAGGUGUUCUGGCAGCUAUUUACCCAGGACACAUGGCUAAGCUUCGGUUUUGGCCGACCUCCAAGCAUCAACCUGGACUUUGUCGAUUGCGAGAUACCGAAGGAGCCCGAUACUGUGUCCGCGUCCAGUGAACAAGACAAGCGCGAGGCUGGCUUCCAUGUGUGGACCUGGCAGUACACGAAACUGCUGUACUCGAUCAUGACGACGGCGUUCGGCGCAAAGCAGCCCGGGUACGCGAAGGUGAUGGAGCUGGACCGCAAAGUGCGCGAUUUCCCGGUGCCGUCGUCGCUACGCGUGCAAUGUGGCGCAGUAGAGGAGCCGGCGCCGACGACGGCACUAAACGAGCAACGGCUGCUCGCAACAUUGCUGAAGGAGACGACUCUGUUGAACCUUCACCGCCCGUACUUCUCGCAGGCGCUGAACGACCUGCCCGAAGACCCGCUGAGGCACAAGUAUGGCCCAUCCGUGAUGGCGAUAUAUCGCUCUGCAUGGCGGAUAUUCGCCAGCACACGGUGCGCAUACAAGGCCGUGCCCAAUAUUUCGUCUCGGAUGGGCAUUAUAUGGUCGCAUGCGCUCUCAGGCAGCAUCGUGAUGUGCCUGCUGGUCACUCGUGCCCCUUCGUCUAAUUUGGCGCGGUGCUCUCUGAACGAGCUAGACAAGCUGUGCGAGCUGUUCGAAGAGGCUGCGAGCCAGUGCCAGAUCGCAUCCAACAACCUUGAGGUAAUCCGGAAGCUCCGCAAACAAGCCCACGACGCGAUCAACAAAGCACAACCGGCCGAGGAAUCCGCGCGCGUCCACAGCGAGCUCGACCGUCUCGGCGGCAAGACCCACCUCAUCUGCCCCACCGAGCCGCGGCGCGAAGUGGGGUGCGCAGCCAAGCGGCGGACACCCCCGUCCGAGCCCGCCGUGCAGCCAGAGAUGAUCCACCCGACGAUCAUGCAGGACAUGCGCGCGUUCGACGGGGGCGUGCCGUGGGACGCGUUCAACGGGGACGACGGCGCGGGCGGGGCGGUCGCGGCGGGCGCGAGCUCGCUUACGCACUUCAACCUCGACUUCCCGUCGACGGCGUUCCCGAACCCGCAGCAGGCGGAGUUCCCGCUGUUCCCGGACUUUGACUUUGCGUCGCCCGCGGGUACUGUUAACACGCCGUCGAGCGGGUCGGGCGGACCUGGAUCCGUAGGAGCGAACGGGGUUGGAACCGGGAGUGGGAGUGGAGGGAUGGGGGCGCCGCCGUUGGCGCAUGUGUCGCCGGACCCGUGGACGCACCCGAUGCAGGCGGCUUUAGACCCGCCGUCUGGGGUACCGGUGUUGGACGCGUCGUGGCAGGCGUUCGUCGAGCAGCUUGGGUUCUAAUAACCGGCCUGAGGACGGAGUGUGUAUUGUAUGGGCCGCUGUCUGCGUGUAUUUGUUCUUGUCCUACUCGUGAAGUGUUAUCGAGCUAUCGUUCAUUUCUACGGCUAUGUCCCGGACAGACCGCGACUAGCGGCACUAGUACGCGCC